GGUGGCCAAAAGCCAAUGAAGCAGCUCAGCUCUAUCGAGUCAUAAAGCUUCUAGCAUAAGGACAGCAGGAACAGGAACGUGUCUGUUCCUACAUGCCAAAAAAACCCACAGGAGGAGUGACAGACAUCGGGGAAAUGACUGCUGUUUCUGUACCAGAACUACAGCUGAUCUAGUUCAUCAUUCUGCUGCCAAGAACCUGCCUUUCAGAUUGUGUUAUCUCCAGAAGAAACUGUUGAGGAAUUGGUGCCACAGAUAAACUGGAACUGAAGAACCUGCAGUGGAAGAAUUACAGGCCACAGUAUCAUGCAGAGUUGUUGUUUUGACUGAAGAAAAGGAAAAACAAAAUGAGCACCUCAUGAAGAAGAUAUAGAGCUAUUUUGAAGAGCUUCCUUUACAAAUGCUCCUCUUGGGAUUCAGUCUCUCACAUAACACAAAUCUCUUGUCUGAACCAUCCUUCUCCGUGAACAGUAUUCUGGACAGAAAAUACAGAAAGAGAACAUACAUGUAUGUGAGAAGAGAGUAUAUUAUGAUGCAAUGACUUGUUCAGAAGACUACUUAAAGAGAGCCAUGAAGGAAAUGCUUUAUCUAAGACCAAAAGCAUGGUGACUUCUGAAUAUUACAUCACCAAAUGAGGAACCUACAAGCAAGACAUAAUUUCUACUUGGCGGCACCUGACUUGCUGGAUCCCAAAUCGGCCACUCAGAACUCCAAACCAAGAUUAUCAUUUUCUACCAAGCCUACCGUGCUCACUUCACGGGAGGAAAGCGAUUCAGCUAUUAAUGUUAUGAAAUGGAAGACAGUCUCAACAAUUUUUCUGGUGGUGGUCGUGUAUUUAAUAAUUGGAGCGACAGUGUUUAAAGCCCUGGAGCAACCUCAUGAAACCUCCCAGAAAACCACCAUUGUGAUUCAGAAGCAGACGUUUGUGUCUCAGCAUUCCUGUGUGAAUGCAACAGAGCUUGAUGAACUGAUUCAGCAAGUAGUGGCAGCAAUAAAUGCAGGAAUCAUACCUUUAGGAAACACAUCUACUCAGAUCAGUCACUGGGACUUGGGAAGUUCCUUCUUCUUUGCUGGCACUGUUAUUACCACCAUAGGCUUUGGAAACAUCUCCCCACGCACACAAGGUGGAAAGAUAUUCUGUAUCAUCUAUGCCUUACUGGGAAUUCCUCUCUUUGGUUUUCUCUUGGCUGGUGUUGGAGAUCAACUAGGGACAAUCUUUGGAAAAGGAAUUGCCAAAGUAGAAGAUACCUUCGUUAAAUGGAAUGUGAGUCAGACAAAGAUUCGCAUAAUUUCAACAAUAAUAUUCAUACUGUUUGGCUGCGUGCUGUUUGUUGCUCUUCCUGCAGUUAUAUUCAAGCAUAUAGAAGGCUGGAGCACACUAGAUGCAAUUUACUUUGUGGUUAUCACUUUAACUACCAUUGGAUUUGGUGACUAUGUUGCAGAUGGUGCAAAUGUUGUCUUGUCCCCAGCAUGCCGCUUCUUCAGGUCUCUGCAUAAGCUAGCCUUACUCUGUCCCUUUUUGCAGUUCUUCGAGGUAAUUCCUUUCAAGGUACAGGGCCAAACCUCCAUGUUUCUUUGGAAUGGAACAAAUGAAGUUUCUGGAUUAUGCCAGUUGCCCAUGGUGCCAGGGGGAUCAGAUAUUGAGUACCUAGAUUUUUAUAAGCCAGUGGUGUGGUUCUGGAUCCUUGUUGGGCUUGCUUACUUUGCAGCUGUCCUCAGCAUGAUCGGAGACUGGCUAAGAGUCAUAUCAAAAAAGACAAAGGAAGAGGUAGGGGAAUUCAGAGCCCAUGCUGCGGAGUGGACGGCCAAUGUCACCGCAGAGUUCAAAGAAACGCGAAGGCGUCUCAGUGUGGAGAUCUACGACAAGUUCCAGCGGGCUACCUCCAUCAAAAGAAAGCUCUCCGCUGAACUUGCUGUCAACCACAAUCAAGAUCUGACUCCUUGCAAGAGAACCCUGUCAGUCAACCAUCUCACCAGUGAGAAGGACAUCUUGCCAGCUCUUACAAAGACGGACAGCAUUUAUAUGAAUGGUUUGACACCGCACUGUGCAGCAGAAGAGAUAGCCGUUAUUGAAAAUAUUAAGCAGCUGUGACUUUGGAUCCCACCCCAUGAGAAGCUCUUGGCUUAGACUAGCCAUAUACCUUUUUUUCUCCACCCUGUCAAUGAUCAAAGCUAAUAGCAUUUUAUAUGUGUGCAUGAGUUCCACAGAAACUACAGUCCCAAGUUACCAUCACAUCUCUUCAAAGACACAAAGAUGAAUGGCACUUCUGUUAUCAAAAGAUGCUGGAACAAGCAACGUCUUCUGCCUUUAUCUGCCCAGACUGUUUUUCACUUCUCCUAACGUGCCAUAUGGCCUAAAGAAUGAAUCACACUUGUUUAUGGUAACAAUGUAGCUUUGAGGGAUCAGUCCUUAAAAUUUCAGGGUCUACCUUACUGAGCCUAGGAAUGGACCAUAUAUGGACUACAACACAUUUGUAAAUGGCAAGAAAUUCUUAUGCAGCCUUUUACCUAAGAAAUUUUUGUCAGUGCCUUAUCUUUUGAAGAACCAGAACCUCUACACUUCCUGUAUGGUUUUUGUUUGUGUGUUUUUUUUCUUUUUUUUUUUUUUUUUGAGAAGUGUAUUUCCUUUGAGCUUUCAUUCUUCCUGAAAUGAUGGUGUUUUAAAGGUGUCUGUAUUGAAGAUACCAACCAGCAUCAAUGAAUGCCAAAACUCAACAAUCAUCAAAUGAUGUUCUUAGCUCCAAAUUUAAAGGCACUGCAGUCUCAGAAGUUUCAAACAUGUCCCCCAGAAGCAUUUUGUUUUACUCAGGUCCAGAUGAUACUUGUUCACACUGACUUGUAGAAUUUGCAGACCCUAUUUGGUCUUUUUUCAAGCAGUGUUUUUCAAGCAGUUUUUUCUCUGUGUCAGAUGUACCAAAAAAAUAAAAAUAAAUAAAUCUGCAGCUUAUCAAUCACUAAGUUAUUUGGUGGCUGACAAGCAAAUAAAUAUGGCUUUUUUAAGGAGAGGCAGGAUAGGCUUUUAAUUGCUGUAUUCUAAUAACCACAUUCAGAAAACAAUGCAGAAAAAAAAGUGUUUUUUAAGAAGCAUAAACCUUCUGCCAGAUAUUUGCUCUGUGACGAUGAUUCUUAACUUCCUCUUUAAGUCAAGUCGCACCAGAUGCCAUAUGAUAUUUUACACAGGAAUCCUGCUGGAGUGCUUUCCUGAAUGUCACACUGUACAGUGGCUGUCUGUGCCGGAGCUGUGACUAACGUGGGAAUGCAAUCGAAACUGGUAUCACUGUGACUUUGUACAUUUCAAAAAGAGAUGGCUCUGAAUAUAAGUGCAGGCAUGAAGAAGAGCUGAUAAAUAGCACAACCUGAAUACUGAUGAUUGUUCGGAAAGGGUAGGCUGACAAGAAGCAGAUCUAAACCAGACUCUGGGUUUUGUUUACUGGUUUUAAGAAAACACGUUAACUUUGAUUUUACGUCCUCUAUUUUGCUUAUAGGUGUACAUGAGAUUCAGAAGAAAUGCAGGAUGGAAUGGAUAAUUUUACAUUCUUUUCUUAUGUUAGUCUAUUGUAACCUGGCUGUACAUAAAAUGAAUUGAACAGGCCUUAAAGAAUAAUUUAGGCUCUGUGAAAAUUAAAACAAAACAAACAAAAAAAAAUCAAAAAAAGCAAAACACAAAAACAAGGCUUUGCUGAUUGGGCAUGAUUCAAGUGGCAAAUCUUACAGCAUCUCUGACCAUUAGAUAACAUGCAAGAUAUGAAUGUUAAUGUUUUUGGAUGCUUAGCUUGUUUUCUAAUAAAUAUAAGUUAAUAUGUAAAUUCAGUCAAUUCAGUGUAAAUAUCAGUCAGUUAACAUUUACAGAGAGUACGCUUUUAAAAUUUAAGAAGUUCCAUGAAACAGCACCGAGCAAUGCUCUUAUAACAAAGACCCUUGUCUCCCCAGCACAGUGUUCUGAAUGUCCACAUGGCAAGAGUUCAUCUUGCCAUGUAUAAACUGUGAAUUGUAAUGAAAAAUAAAGUUUUUAUUAAAAUAAGUUUUUCUGAAUCUCCUGCUUGCUAUAACUGGAAUGCUGAGAAAUCAUUUGUGAAACUGAUUUUGUGUUUUCACUGGUUAGAGUAUAGCAGUUUGCCACCUUCUUUAAUUUAAGCUGGUUUAGCAAUAAAGGCUUGACUCAUCCAGCACAGGAAUAUAUUUUUUUCUUGAUAUUAAAAAUAAUGCUCUUUGGAUGCUGUACCCAA